AUGAAGAAAGACAAGAAACAGAAGAAAGUUGUAAAAGUUGAAUCAGCAACCACGGUAAACGGCAAAGAAAAUGGUAAACCCGAGCUAACCAAUGCAACGCACCGGUUGGAUCACAUCAAAACCAUCGAGGAUGACGAGGAAGUCGAAGACUUCUCUGAGGAGUCAGAGGAAGAGAUCGAAUACCAACCGACGAAGCUGAAAAACCAGAAGCUUACAGAUUUCGACGGGGCGUUCCAGUUCGUGUCGUCGGUGAAGGAAUACAAUCACGACACGUGGGACGAUUUGAUGCGUUUUGUGAAGCGCAAGAAUCGCGGCGAAGUUAACGACAAAAUUGCCAACGUGAUACGGAGCCGAACGAAGGAGAAUGCAGACGCGCUCGAGGACGAGGACGAUAACGAUCCCUCCGCCCAACAGGACGACGAGGUCGAUCUUUCAGAGGAUGAGUUGAAGCACGAUUACAUGCGAUUAAAAGAGCGCAAAGGCAAAAAAGCUCCAGUUGCAAACGAUGGUCCCACUGUUGAGGUAAAGGAGGAAACCGAAGAGGGCACCAAGGAUUAUUUCGAGGAGAUGGAAGGUUCAAACGGAGAUAUACAAUCGUUCUACCAAAUGGAUCUGUCACGUCCGCUCAUGAAGGCGAUUGGCGCGCUUGGCUACAUUUACCCGACACCGAUUCAAACGUCCACCAUUCCCAUUGCACUAAUGGGACGGGACAUUUGUGGAUGUGCUGCCACUGGUACGGGUAAAACGGCCGCUUACAUGCUGCCUACGUUGGAGCGUCUGCUGUAUAAACCGAACGUUGGCCAAGCGAUCACUAGAGUGUUGGUGCUUGUUCCGACUCGUGAGCUGGGAGCGCAGGUGUACCAGGUAACCAAACAGUUGACACAGUUCACCAACGUUGACGUCGGUAUUGCAAUCGGAGGGCUUGAUGUGAAGGCCCAGGAAGCGGUACUGCGCAAGAAUCCGGACAUCGUCAUUGCAACGCCGGGUCGCCUAAUUGAUCACAUCAAGAAUACACCGAGUUUCUCGCUGGAUUCGAUUGAGAUCCUAAUUCUCGAUGAAGCCGACCGUAUGCUGGACGAAUAUUUUGCCGAGCAGAUGAAGGAAAUUAUUCGCAGCUGUUCGGCCACCCGGCAGACGAUGCUCUUCUCCGCUACCAUGACGGAGCAGGUGAAAGAUCUGGCAGCCGUGUCACUGAAGAAACCGGUGAAAAUUUUCGUCAACAAUAACCAAACGGUCGCGUUCAAUCUGCGACAGGAAUUCAUUCGAAUUCGCGAGGGACGUGAAGCGGAUCGGGAAGCGAUACUUGCUGCGCUCGUUUGCCGCACCUUCCACGAUCACUGUAUGGUGUUUGUGCAGACGAAACGCACGGCUCAUCGAUUGCGUAUCCUGUUGGGACUUCUGGGGGUGAAAACGGGCGAACUGCACGGUGACCUGACCCAGGCACAGCGUCUCGAAUCGCUGAAGGAGUUCAAGGACGAACAGAUUGACAUCCUCGUGGCGACUGAUGUUGCGGCACGUGGUUUGGACAUUAGCACCGUUAAAACGGUAAUCAAUUUCGUCAUGCCGGUCACAAUGGAGCACUACAUUCAUCGCGUCGGUCGUACGGCCCGUGCUGGCAAAGCCGGUGUGUCGGUUUCACUAGCGGGCGAGCAGGAGCGCAAGAUCGUCAAGGACAUCAUCAAAAAUGCGGUUAGCUCGGUGAAGAAUCGCAUCAUUCCGCUUGAGAUCAUCGAGAAGUACCGUAAAAAGGUUGCCGCCCUUGAGCCGGAAAUCGACAGGGUACUGGCGGAAGAGCGGGCAGAAAAAUUGCUGCGACAGACAGAGCAGCAGCUGACGAGCGCCGAACGAAAGCUCAAAGGACAGCCCGCCGAGAAACAGGACGGUUUGAAGCGCGAAUGGUUCCAGUCGUUGCAUGAGCGACGCGAGGAAAAGCACCGUUUGGCCGGUGAUGAGGCGGCCGAAAAGAAAAAGGCCAAAAAGCGCAAGCGCCGCGGAGAUGACGACGAAGACGACUUUGAUCCCGUACGGUACCAUGCGGAAAAAAUGAAGAAACUGAAAACGGCGUCGGAUGCGCCCACCGUUCCUAAGAAGAAAACUACACCGGCCACCGAAGGAGCGCCGGAUGCGAACAAAACGCCCAAACAAAUGGCAAAGGAACGCGCACUGGAGGAACUGCGGAAGGUGUCGAUGGUGCAGGCCAAGCUGGCCAAGAUGCGAAACCGUCCGGCUCGCGUUAACGCGGCCGACGAGGAUGACGACAAACCAGCGGCGAACGGUGGUGGCGGUAAGAGUAAGAAAAAACAACGAAACAUGUCCCGCUUUGAGCGCGAUCUUACCGACGUGGGCAGCAAGAACGUGAAGAAGCUGCGCUAUGACGCCUCGAAGAAGCAACGAAUGGACAAACUGGACAAGCGCAAGCAAAGCGGCAUGAAAAUGCACAGCGAAAAACUGCGAAACAAGCAAGGUCUAAAUCGGCAAAAUAAAGGCAAAUCAUUUGGUCAGAAGGCGCCAAAAGCACCGAAAGGAUCACCGGGUGGUUUCAAGAAAUCCGCCAAGAGCGCUAAAGGCGGCAAAGGUGGCAGGCGGAAGUGAGGGAAAAGUGUAUUAGA